CGUGCAGCUUCCCACGACCGCGUGUCAACCCCCCCUUUCGUCAUUCUUUUUUCUCCCUUCCAUGGUCGCGUCAUAGCACGCUCUACAUGAUCCAUCUGCUGAAAACUAAACGCGACCAUGCAUCUCAUUAAGCCGCAUUGGUUGACACACCCAGGCGAACUCAAGGACUUUGAGGUAUACAGCUGUCACGUCUCCCCGGAUGGGUCGCGUCUGGUCACGGCGGCCGGAGACGGAUACGUGCGCAUAUGGUCCACCGAAGCCAUCCUCAACUCCAACAACCCCAAUUACACCAAGCCCAAGCAGCUCGCAGCCGUCAGCCACCACUCGGGCACCAUCCACGCCGUCCGCUUCUCGUCGAACAACAAAUACUUGGCUUCGGGCGCAGAUGACAAGAUAGUAUGCGUCUACUUUCUCGACCCCAACGCGCCGACACAUGCUGCUUUUGGCUCGAAUGAACCCCCGCCCGUCGAGAACUGGCGCGUCACCCGCCGCCUGAUAGGCCACGACAAUGACGUGCAGGACAUUGGCUGGUCGUACGAUUCUUCGAUACUCGUGUCGGUGGGCUUGGACUCCAAGGUGGUGGUGUGGUCAGGCCAUUCGUUCGAGAAGCUGAAGACGCUCUCCAACCACCAGAGUCACGUCAAGGGAAUCACAUUCGACCCAGCCAAUAAGUACUUCGCGACCGCCAGCGACGACCGCACGAUCAAAGUCUACCGCUUCAACUCCCCACCCCCGAAUGCGACACAGCAGGACCAGGUCAACAACUUCAUGCUCGAGCACACCAUCACGGCGCCCUUCCAGACUUCCCCCCUCACAACAUACUUUCGUCGCUGUUCUUGGUCGCCAGACGGUGCGCACAUCGCCGCGGCCAAUGCUACCAAUGGUCCAGUUAGCUCUGUCGCCAUUCUCACGCGUGGAACAUGGGACGGCGACAUCAGUCUGGUCGGCCACGAAGGGCCUGUGGAGGUGGCUGCCUUUUCCCCACGACUAUUCUACCGCGACCCGCCGAGGCAGGAGCACGAUGGGAAUGUGUACCAGCAAUCCGUCACGAUUGUCGCAUGCGCCGGGCAGGAUAAAUGCCUCAGUGUGUGGAACACGAGUUUCCCUAGGCCGUUCAUGAUUUCGCAGGAGCUGGCGGGGAAAUCGAUAUCGGAUCUGGCAUGGGCACCGGACGGGGAGACGCUGUAUGCGACGAGCUUGGACGGCAGCAUAUUGACGCUUGUCUUUGAACCUGGGGAGCUGGGAUACCCGGCGUCGCUGACGGAGAACGAGAAGACGCUGUCUAAGUUCGGUGGUGGCAGGAAAGUUGGCAUCAUCGAGGGGACGGACGCGUUGCUCCUGGAAGAGAGCGCCAAGAGUGGGGAACUCAAAGGCGUGCAGGGCAGAAUGGGUGCGCUGAUGGGCGAUGGCGGUGCGGCUCAACCUCCCCAGAUCACCAACGGUACAAACGGCGUGCCUUCUCCCCUUCCCCCUCCCCCGGCUCCUGCUCCUAUUCCGACAGUUACAAAUGGCGCGACCGCAACAGUACAACCACCGGCCCCUGCCGAGCCUCCCCCAGACCAGAGAGUUGAGAAGCUCAAGCAGCGAGUCACUAUCACGAAGGACGGAAAGAAGAGGAUAGCGCCGAUGUUGGUAUCUUCAGCGUCAGGGGUUGGCACAUCGUCUUUGCCACAGACGCAACUCAUCUCCGCGACAACGACAUCCGGCGGGCGGAGUGACAAUCCCCACAACAUUCUGGACUUGUCGAAACCUUAUGACGGGUUUCCCAGGGGUGGGCUCGCCACGAUGCUCAUUGGGAACAAGCGGAAGUUUGCUGAGAUUGAGGGAGACGAAGAUCGCCAAAUCGAGCGGAGACUCGCGGCAUCUGUGAAGCCUGGCGGAGCCGCUGUAGUCCUCAACAGCGAAACAGGGCUCAUCCCGCCUGCAGCAGCUGCUGAGAAGACGAAGGAUGUGGCGGAGCCUCCUAAAGUUCUACGGCCUGCGAUUGUCAAUCCUGCACUGGCCAUCAGCCAAGUACGACUGGCCGUGCCGAAGGUCAGGAGUGUUAUCAUUCGCACAGCAGACGGCAGUGAGCCACCGCAGCAAAACGGAGUGGACGCCAAUACCGGCAAAGCUGAGAUAUCGGACACCGUCAUCCUGGAAGCACGAAACGCCACUGCACCCUCUCGGACAGGACGCCAGCAAGACCAUGACCCGGCGCGCAUAACAUGUACGAGCAAGGGGCAGUCGCUAUGGCAAGACUACCUCCCCAAAGCCGUGCUCCUAGUCACAGGCAACACAAACUUCUUCGCCGCAGCGUGCGAAGACGGCUCCGUAUACACCUGGUCCCCCGCCGGCCGGCGCACACUCAACGCCAUGAUCCUCGAGGCCCAACCUGUCAUCAUGGACUGUCGCGGCUGGUGGUUAAUGUGCAUCUCCGCAGUCGGCAUGUGCUACAUCUGGAAUCUCAAGACGCUCUCCUCACCCCACCCCCCCGUCUCCGUCGCCCCGAUCCUCGACAUCGCCGCCCACACACAGGGCCCGCACCUCACCAAAUCCCCCGGCAUCGUCUUCGCGCGCCUCAACACCGCCGGCCGCAUCGUCCUCGCCAUGUCCAACGGCGACGGCUACACUUACAACCCCAACAUGUACAUCUGGCAGCGCAUCAGCGAACCCUGGUGGGCUGUCGGCAGCCAGUACUGGAACACGACCGACUCCUCCGUGGGUAACAUCCGCUCCUCGACGACUCCUGCCCCCAAGGAACGCACGCCCGAUCACGUCGCGCUGGAGAAUAUCUCCGCUGGCAUCAUACCGGCCCUCGAGCGCAACACGACGAAUCAGUUCUUGCUCCAGGGCCGCGCGUUCUACCUCCAGCGUCUGGUCAAGGCGCUUAUCUCCGCAGAGGGUUACGAAACGUUCGAGGCGUGUGUUAGUGUAGCGCAUUUGGAGAAUCGCGUUAGUGCUGCGAGGACGCUGGGUGCUAAGGAGGAGUUUAAGAUUUAUCUGGGCAUGUAUGUUAAGCGGAUUGGGGCCGAGGGGCUGAAGGGCAAGAUUGAGGAGUUGCUGAGGGGGUUGGCGGGGGGGUUGCUGGGGGAUGAUGCGGAGGAUGGAGAGGAUGGGGAUGAUGAUGCAGAAGAGGAGGAGGUUUGUGGGUGGAAGAAAGAGGAUCUGCUCAGGGAGGCGGUGCUGCUUCUUGGUAUGUUUUUCACUUUCAUAUUCAUAUUCUUUGCGAGACGAAGGAUUGGGCUAAUCUCGCUACAGGUAUCGACACAACACCCUCUGCCCCGCAUACCGACCACGUCGUCGUUUCGCAGCGUCAAACUCACCACUUACCUCGUCUUAUCUCCAUCCCAUCUCCAUCACGCUAGCCAACACCACCACCACCCUCCCACUCGCACACCUCCUACACCCAAACCUCCCACCCACCACCGACGUAACCCCCAGAUUCCUACUCCCCCAACCCAGAAACAACCCGCGCGUUUCGUUUCACCCCCGUCGCACCUAAGCGCCGCGCCGCGCAUACCCCAGUGGGGCGGCCCACGAUUGGCCCGCAGGACCCCCAUUCCAAUGCGUGACGUCGACGCAUCUUAUUUAGGAAAUUUGCAGAUUCAGGCACGCAGAUCGCCAGGGGAGGGCGCGGGAGAUGAUAUGAUAUUAUGCGGUCUCUACUUCGGUUUCGAGUGGUACAAUCGACAUUCACUUUCUCGGGUUUUCGCUUUUGCUUUUGUCUUGUUGUUUUCUCGCCUGCGCUGCUACUGCUGCUGUUGCUUUUUGAGGUAUCGUUUGACACGAUCUCGCCAUAUACAUUCAUUACUACUACUACAUUCUAUUUUUCCUCCAGCGAGACGAAAACCUACAAGACACACGCGCGCAACCAUGGCCCUAAACUGCACGCACAUCCCCACAUUCACGCCCACCGACGCGGGCGUCGCCGGCUCAGGAACCCUCCUAUCCUUCAUAAUCACCAACCUGCUCUCCAUGCUUCUCUCAGCAGCAAUAAUCCUGCUCGGCCUACGCUCCUCAACCUCCGCCCCAAUCUCCCGAAAACUGCUGCAAUCCUUCUCCGACCAACAAAUCAUAACCGGAAUCGGCAUCCAAUCCGUCGGGCUCUCAAAAAUGCAAACAAUGACCCCCUACCACUUCUUCCUCAUCUGGCUGCUCUCGCUGCUCUCCACGGCCACCAAUCUCGCCACGCUGCUCGCACUCGUAAACGACUUUAGACGCGACUGGGUGCUGCGCUGGCUGCGGCAGUUCUUCAUGCUGGUCAAUAUGCUGCUGGGCAUGACGAGCGGCGUGUUUAUCCUGCAGACGGUGCUGAAGAAUCUCGAGCCGCGGCUGCCGAUUGCGUGUGUGUGGGAGGUGGAGGGGCGUGGUGCGUCGGCGAAUGCGGCGCUGAGUAUUGCGGGGACGGGCGCGGUUAUUGGCGCGCAGGUGGUGGUUUUUGUGUUUGCGACGUGGUAUCUGCAUAAUCGGUCGAAUCCGAGGUGGCUUAAGAGCGUGCAGGUUACGGGGCUGGUUGUGCUGCUUGCUAUGGGGGGUGGGGCGACGGUGCGCGUGGUUAUGGAGAGCCAGGCUUUUGGGCACCCGCCUGAAGCGGUGAAUCUUCAGGGGCCGAGCGAGGGGAACUGGAGUUUUGGCCAGUUGCUGCCGUUACUGAUGCUGGUAUUACCCGUGAUUAGCACGUUGGAGAUUCUGAGGGGCGAGACGAGGACGCCGCCCAGUCUGGUGGAUGAUUAUACUGUGCCCUUGUUCAAGGGGGACAUGAACUAA